CCUUCAUGACGUAGUAACCGCUAAGCACAGACACAUAGUCUGUUUCACUAACAAACAGGCGCGGCUAUUAAAAAAUGCUAAAAGAUGGUACAUGGAUUGAACAUUUAGCAUCAUCAAAAAACCAUUUAUGCAGAUGUGGACGAUACACGCUUUCAUUCGAUAUGGAAACGAAAAGAAAAUGGUUCCAUUAUGUUUUGUCCUCAUGUCUAGUAGGACUCAAAAGGACUACAUACGUGUGCUGAAACACAUAAAAACUGUAAUUCUUGGUAACAGUUACGCCAUGAAAGAAUGUGUCGUUGAUUUUGAGAAGUCAGUGUGACUGGCUAUUGAAAAAGAGUUUGGUAUUGGUGUUAAAAUAUUUGGAUGUGGCUUCCAUUGGACCCAGUGUAUUUUUCGCCGCAUAAAAUCAUUGGGUUUAAUAAGAGCAUAUCGUACAGACAUGCGAAUUCGUGGGAUUUGCAAGAAAAUGAUGUCUCUCCAUCUCCUCCCACAUGGAAAAAUUCCUACUGCCUUUGCAAAUUUAAGAUCAGCUGUCUGGGAAAUUGAAAACAGGGAGAACCGAACUAUGAUGCGGAAACUGUACAACUAUAUGGAAAAUACCUGGAUCGACAGCUUGCUUUGGCCUCCUAAAGUUUGGUCGGUCUUCAUGCAAGAGGUGAGAACCACUAAUGACGUUGAAGGCUGGCACACACAUCUAGCAAAUCACGCUGGACUUAGCAUUAGCAGUAAAGGCCUCAACCUGUAUAUUCUCCUCGAAGUUCUCUACGAGGAGGCUAUACAGGUUGAUAUAUACACAAAGAUGCUUGAACAGGGUCAACAACUGAGAAGACAGCGAAAAACUUUCAAAGAAUUAAAUUUAAAACUGUUUGGUUUGUGGAACGACUAUUCCAAACAAAAGAUAACGACCGCAGAACUUUUAGAACAAUGUGCAGAUAUUUACACAAAGUUCAACGCAAUUAAAUAUGCAAAAACGGCGAACGAUGCUCGUCUCUUUGAGUUAGAGACAGAAUAGAAAUUUGAAGAAAUAUCAGCAAACACCACGCGAAUAAAAAAAGAAAAAAAAAUCAAGAGCUCCGCUCUGUUACUACGCGACCACGCGACUGACAAUUUCACGACA